AUGGCCACGUUGGACGACAAAUUGUUAGGAGAAAAAAUACACAACUAUUGCAGCAGCAGCGAGGAUGAGGCUGCCGACGAUGACGAUUGUGAUUCAAGUGAAGCAUCCGGAAAUGCGGUAAAAUCCGUUGGAAGUAGUUUGGGUUCUUCGACGCAAGCUGGUACAUCGGCUGGUAUGUCUUCAAGUAUGCUGCAAAACAAAACCCAUCGGACGGGAUCUGCCGGUAAUACUGGCCCGAAGGGAGUCAUACAAGAUUGGCAACGAUUCAAGCAAUUAGAGGCUGAGCGACGUGAACAGGACGAAGCAGAAAAGUUGCGGCUGUUAAAGAAACUCAGUAUUACAACACGCACUAAGGAGGAGGACCAGGCUGCGGAAGCAGCAAAUGAAUUGGAUGCCGAAUUCCAAGAGUUGCUGGAUGAAGAUUUUUUACUGGAGUACCAACGCAAACGCAUGGCCGAAAUGCUUGCCAUGAUGGACAAAAAAGGAAAUUUCGGAGAACUGAUUCAUCUGAAAGAUGGAGACGAGUUUUUGCGUGCCGUUGAUAAGGAAGACAAAAACACUACCGUUGUCGUGCACAUCUAUCGAGAGAAGUAUGGUCCGUGCACGAAGAUGAACCAAGCAUUGGCACAACUGGCGAAGGAAUACUUGAAUGUGAAAUUUUGCAAAUUCAUAAGCAGCGAUGCUGGCUUGAGCAAAUCUUUCAAAACCUCCGGUGUGCCGGCCUUAUUGAUUUAUAAGGCUGGGCAGAUGAUUGGGAAUUUUGUCAAGCUAGUUGACGAUUUGACUGACGAGUUUGAUUUCGGCGAUGUUGAAAGCUUCCUUGUGGAAAACGGUAUCAUCAAUGACAAAUCCUGCAAGCCGACAAUCGUUGAGCAGAAAUAAAUAUGGAUCUCAUUUUACUUAAUCUUACACCAUGAUACUAUAUUUGUAAAACACUAUUUUAUUUAAAAAAAAGCUCCAUUAUUACGCAUACAACGAAAUAUUCGUCUAUUAAUUAACUCCCAAUGGAUGCAUGCGAUGAAGUAUUUUUUACUACACAAUCGAAGCGAUGCAAGUCUGUCGCUGUUUUGUGUUUUGAAACAAGGCACGGAUAAGAUGUUUUACCUCUUCUGCACUAAAGCACAUAGUAAGAGGGCCUUUUCCUUCGGCCCACAGCUCUGUGAUUUCUACCAAUGAGCCGCGGAGUAUUUGACCAAGUUGCAAUAACUUGGGCCAUUGUUUGACGAGCUGAUGAAUCUCGCUAGGUUCCUGUACAUUGUGCAAAAGAAAUCGAUAAACAUUAAUCAAUUUUGGUUAAGGCUAUUGAAUUUACAGGCCUCCGUCUCCCUUCCUGAGCCUAUC